UCCAGCUGCAGCACCACACAUGACUUUCCAGCUUCAAACCACUGCCCGACUUGUUGACCUGCACUGCUCUGUCGGUUUGACAGACUGGGAUAUGGACAAGGAGCUGAAACUGCUCACAACCACUGACCAGUUUUGCCAAGAUGAUAAACUUGGUGACCAAUAUGUGGCACAGAGGCCUUUGGCAGGAGCGUCCAGAAGAAAAGAUGAGUUCAUUUGGUAUGACAAAAUAUCAGACACCUUUGUGAAGCCAAACCUGUGGCUCCUCGUCAAUCCUAACAUUGCCUGUUCGAUCGUCGAUGGAGAACCUUCAGCAGGUCCGCUGACUCUCCAAGACCUUCCAGAGGAAACCCAAAAUCCACUGGCUGUGUGUUCACAAGUCACAAAACGACACGCGUUCUCUCCCCAGAGCAGAACACGCGUUGUUUCCUCAUCCACUGACUGCAUGGACGAAGGCCCCUCUAGCCAGAAGAGACAUCGCAGACGCAAGGGGAGAACCCCCAAAGUAUGGGACAACAAAUCCUUGAAGCCAGGAUGUUGGCCUCGUCCACCAGUGAAUUAUUGCAUCCUCAUUGCCCUGGCACUUAAAAGCAGUCACAAUGGGAGCCUCAAAGUUCAACAGAUUUACAACUUCACCAGAGAACACUUCCCUUUCUUUCAGACGGCUCCUGAUGGCUGGAAGAACACGAUUCGACACAACCUGUGCUUCAACAGCAGCUUCCGCAAAACCUGUCAUCAGAUGUGCAGGGAUGGUAAAAGGAAGUCCUGCUUUUGGCACCUGACUCUAGACGGCCAACACCGACUGAAGGAUGAGCUCCACACGUUGCCAGUGGAAUCGUUAAAGCAGUUGGAGAGGAGCAUGUCCUGUCCAGAUAUAAUUACAAAACUACUUGGAAUGUGAUGGCAAUUAUCAAGGGUAUGAAAGAAUAAAUGAUGCAAAAACA